CGUUGGUAGAUUUCUCAUAGCACUCGUGGAUUGUUGUUGCGUACUCCCUCACGCCCGCUCUGACGCUCGAAAAAAAUGGACAAAUCCACCGCCGUCACCGACCAGAAGCCCGCUCAGAAGCCGAAGCUGUCCUUCAGCAUCGACGCCAUCCUCGGCAACGACGACAGCGGCAGCGCCCGCACGCCCUCGCCAGAUCCCGAGUGCCGCCCCGCCUCCUCCUGCAGCGCCACCAGCGACGUGUCCUUCGCCAGCCACGACUCCGACAGGUCCGUGAGCCCUUCGGCGGCGCCCGCGGGAAGGCCCGUCCAGAGCACCCUCCCCGCGCAGUGGGUCCCGGCGCACCCGUACUUCCAGUUCGCCGCCGCCGUUCACGGAUCCCCGACCCUCCCCAAGCUGCCCAGCUCCGUAGUUUUGCGCAAGCACAAAGCUAACCGGAAGCCGCGCACGCCCUUCACCUCGGAGCAGCUCCUGUCGCUCGAGAACAAGUACCGCGAGAAGCAGUACCUGAGCAUCGCCGAGCGCGCCGAGUUCUCCGCCUCGCUCAGCCUGACGGAGACGCAGGUCAAGAUCUGGUUCCAGAACCGCCGCGCCAAGGACAAGCGCCUCAAGGAGGCCGAGCUGGAGCGCCAGAACCGCCCUCUGUACCCGACCUACGGCGGCCUCCUCCCCAUGGGCGGCCUCGUGCCCUCGCUGGCCCUCCAGAGGCCCCUGGUGCCCCUCCUCGGGUAGAGCCCCUGGGGAGACGCCCUUGCAAGUACCUGCAGCAGCCCAAGACAGCCCCGGCGCCCCUGAGGCCUCCUCCUCUCCGUCGGCCCUCCUAGUCACCCGCCGCCACGGGUCUGCACCAGCUGCCACCCCCUCUCUCCCCGUCGGUGACUCUCGACUGCACGCUCUGUCACGCCCACCGCGCAUGACAGGAAUGUUGUUCACGCCCACAAACCUCCCACAUCCACGCCCAUUAUGGAUAUCUCAGUGGCCGCCCGCUGGAAGACGGAGAUAUAGACUGUGAUAAAAAAAAAUGUUAAUAGAUAAAUACUUUUUUGUAAACAUAUUUUUAAAAAAUGUUGGAUAUUCUUGUGAAUUUAUAUAUAUACAGUAUUCGUAAUAAAAGAUGAAG